CCAAUUGAAUGUUGCUCUCAAAUGUUUGAAUUUUUUUUUGUGUGUGUUUUUGGGUGCGUGCUCUCGAUAUACCAUGCGCUUUAUUUUGGUGCCCCGGUCCGAGUUUCCCAUUGGUGGGGAGUUUUUGGAGCAGUGACGCGGGGUUCCUGCUCCUCGUCUCUCAGGCAGCCUAUCUGUUUGGCCAGCCAGACAACCCGCCUGCCAGGGAGCAAUGGAGAGAGCAAUGGAGAGAGCAAUGGAGAGAGCAAGCGCUGGCACCAGAACCGGCAACAAGCGGGUUCCCAGUGCAGACAGGAUUCCCUGCAGGCACUUCAUCCAUGGGACAUGUAGACUGGGCCCGAGCUGCCCCUUCUCUCACGAGUUGCCGGUGUGGAAAUCCUCCCAGAUCUGCAAGUACUUCCAGAAAGGCUGCUGCUGGUUCGGAGACCGCUGCAGGUACCAGCAUGUCCUCCAGGCCGACGGUGGCUACUCGGGUAGCAGACGGGGCUCUGCCCCUGCCCUCCUGCCCCCCUGGGGUGGCAGUGCGUUCCAGAACCGCCGCGGCUCGGAGCCGUCUGUCCAGCAGGCCCACUGGGGUUACGCCGGGAGUCGACGGGGGUCCGCACCGGCCGUUACGAGCCUGGCCAGCCUCCAGAGGAACUUUGCGCGUCUGAGCACCGAGUUUGAAGAGAAUGAGGAAGAUCACGAGGCUGAGUUCAGACCGAUGCUGCAACAUGCCGGGCCAUUAACUGCACACGCAGCACAACAGACUCCCAACACCCCCUCUCCGUGCCGGACAGGUUCCAUGUCCAGCUCUGCCUCGGCCCCUUGCCUCCAGAUUGGUGCAAUAAAUGUCGCAGAACAUGCCAGCAAACUAGCUUCUCAUGAGAGGCACGGUCUACCCAAGGCAUCUUCCAGCCAACAAGAGGCAGCUCCGAGCAGUUCUGCAGACUCUCGGGGCGCUGGUGCGGGGGCGUCUGCCUCGGAAGCCUAUGAGAGGAGUAAGGAUGUGAUGUGUGGGAUCUGCAUGGACAAGGUGUAUGAGAAGCCAGCCCCAGAGGAUCGCCGCUUCGGAAUCCUGCCCAACUGCAGCCACCCCUUCUGUUUGGGCUGCAUUGUCACCUGGAGGAAAACCAAGGACUUCCAGGACGACGUCAUCAAGUCGUGCCCUCAGUGCAGAGUGAAGUCAACUUUCUACAUUCCAAACAAAUACUGGGUUAGUGACCCUGCCCAGAAGCACACCCUGGUUGCCAAAUUUAAAGAAAGGACCAGCAAAAUAAAGUGCAAGUUUUACAUGCGGCAUGGAUGCUGUCCCUUCAAAUCGGAGUGCAUCUAUCUGCACGAGUUGCCUCAAGGGCACAGACACCUGAGAAGGAGGCGAUCGGCAGCUUUACCCCGUCGCCGCAGCUCCACAGAAGACUCUGACAGUGAGGGUUUCCACAUCAUGCAGUAUGCGGUCGCCCUGGCCUUGCUGCACGACAACGGCGACGUGCCGGACGACCACUUCAGCCACCGCCACUUCUUCGAGAUCUUCCUGGACGACUCCUUUUUCGACUCGGACUGAUUCCCAGGGGUGGGGGGGUGGGGGGGGUGAUGUCUUGCCAGACGGCAGGAUGGUUCACCCUGUUGCCCAUCGCAAAGAGGCCUGACUGCCUCAAACCACUGUGCUUGUAACAGGAACCAGUUUGGUACAGUACAGUCUUCUAUAUACAUGUUUUAAGUCUGUCAAACUUCUGCAGGGAUCUGGAGUGUUCACUUUCUUUGUCUUAAGCCUUGCUGGUUCCUCUACGUUUCAUAUUCCAGGACCAUUGCUUUCCCAGAGUGGGAAACCAGUUAUGAAUAGAUUUAAUCAGGAGGGGGUUAGUUUUGAAUGACCCAUACUCUUGCAAAGUGUAGCCUUGGCUGAUUUUUCCUUUAUUCUUGCUCCUACUAUUGUAAGAAGCGGCAACCAGUUUCCAAAUUCCGUUUCUUGCCUCCUCUUGGCAUGGUCUCGCCUGUCUUUUUUUUUUUUUAUUCUGUUUCUUUUACUUGGUUAUACUUCAGGGUGUUGACUGUAGAUCCAGGCAGAUUUCUUUCCUGGUAUAUAAUCACCUUCCAGAUUCCAGCACAGGGAGCGGUGUUGUACUAGGAAGCUUCAGCAGUGUCUAAAACAUCUGUUCAAAUGCAGGUCUACAAGCAAAGCAACAGAAGAUGGAGGUGAAAUGAACUUCACUCCUGGAGCGGUCCCGUGUUCCUGGCUUCAGUUUUAAUUGGCAUUAUCCCUCUGGGGGUGUUUUUAAUUUUUUUUGCAAGCACAGUUUGCGUUUCUACGGUUGUGUUGCACCAGCAAGUAAAGUUUUGAUCUUGUGAUCUGCAGCCAUGUGGGCUCCUGGCCUCUAUUUGGGUCAUAUGCAAUACAUUCAAGGACAGUUAGUCGUAAUAUCCUCCCAUUCGUUUCAGCCAGCAUUGUCUAGAAAGUUCAGCUGUUGGGUGUUUUCUCUAAGGGCUGGCGAGGGAGAAUAUGCUAAUGCCUUCUACAAUAGGCACAAAUGAAGUCACAUUUGCUGCUACACACCAGCGUGUUCAAGAGUACUGUUGCCAAAUAGUUUUGUCUUGCACUGUUUAAAUAUCUUUGCACCCUGGUAACCUGCAUUCACAUUUAUAGAAUAUGGAUUUCGCACUUGAUUCCAGUGCUGACACUUAAUUGUGUGUAUGUUAUAUAUAUUAGUAUGUUUUUUUUUUUAUACCCUGGCUAUAUAGUCAUUUUGAGUUUGAAAGAAUGCUUUUUGUAGCUCUUGGAUGGGAGAUUUUGUUUUUGUUAAACAUGAACAUAUAUAUGAGGUCUAAUGCAUUGCAGAUGCUUAACAGUAUUGUUUUGACAGCUAGAGAAUGGUCUUGUUGACUUGCCCAAUGCUGGUGGUGGUCCUGUCCACUGUUCUGAUAUAUAUUUUUUAAUACCCCUCUCUGUAUUAAGCAGUGUUCUUAAAGCAGGCAUUUUUUAAAAGAGGAUGUGUCUGAUGUUCAAUGCAGUGCUGUAAUGUCAGGCUUACUGUACAGACCAGGGGGUAUUGGUGUGUGUAAUACUAGAUGCAUUUUAUAUAUUCCUCGCAUGUGAA